CAGACCAAAGUGCAAUGGAAAACUAUAAAACAAUAUUUUCAAAUUAAUGAAAUUAUUCCGGCUUUUUUCGCGUCUCAGUUCUCUUGCAGCCAUGACAUCGCUAGAAAGUGCAAAAAGAGCAGCUGCAUUCAAAGCAGUGGAUUUGCACGUGCACAACAACAACAUAGUGGGAAUAGGAAGUGGUUCCACUGUAAUCUACGCUGUCGAGAGGUUAUCUGAACGCGUUAAAAACGAAAAAAUCAACGUACAGUGCGUCCCCACAUCCUUCCAAGCUAGACAACUGAUUGUGCAACACAAACUACCUUUGACAGACCUGGAAAUCCACCCCAGGUUGGAUGUAUGCAUUGAUGGGGCUGAUGAGGUCGAUAACAGCUUAACACUGAUCAAAGGAGGCGGAGGAUGUUUAUUACAGGAGAAAAUUGUUGCUAGUUGCGCAAAGGAGCUUAUCAUUAUUGCUGAUUUUACAAAAAAUUCGCACAAGCUGGGGGAGCAGUACAAGAAGGGGAUACCGAUUGAGGUUGUGCCUAUGGCAUAUGCUCCAAUUAAAACUCAAAUUGAGAAUCUCUAUGGAGGGGCUGUGGAACUGCGGAUGGCUAAAGCUAAAGCAGGACCUGUAGUAACAGAUAAUGGGAAUUUUAUCCUUGACUGGAAGAACUUCCAAGAUUAUAACUGGGAGGAGAUAAACACAAAGUUGAAUGUUAUUCCAGGGGUUGUGGAAACUGGUUUGUUUGUUAAAAUGGCAAAGAAAGCCUACUUUGGGUUAGCUGAUGGAUCAAUCAAAGAACAACUCGCUCUGGCUUAAUUUGUAUUUAAAAGGAAUGCCAUUACUCGAUUAAAAAUAUAUACAAAUUUUUAUAUUUUUAUAUGUUGUUUGCAUUAAAAUAAAUUGAUUGUGCAACACUUA